ACCUCCUCUCCUGUACACUUCAGAAGUUAGGUUUCGGUGCGCAUAUCGAAACAACACCUUUACUAACGGCACACAACCUUUUGCUACAUCCAUGUUAGUUACUCUUUAGUUUGCCACCGCAAGAAUGAGUUUUCCGUACAGCCAAACCGUAACGACUCUCAAAACCAUGAACGUCGCGGAGCAGAACUCACCGAACGUCUUGACUUCACCGACCAUCUCGUCCGCUCCGGUCGGGUUCGGCGAAGGUACGACGACUUACCGGACGGUAAACUACACGGGAGCUCAGAUGCAGCCAGUUCAGUACAUUAACAGCGGGAUGGAAGGGAACGUUAUGUACGGGGGCGCGCGUUACCUGGUACCCGUGCAACAGCGCGCACCGGAGCAGCAGGUUAUAUACUAUAGUCAAGCGCCGCAAUAUACUCAAGCAACGCGAUACGUUCAACCGGUGUACGUCCAGAACGUCCAGAACGUGCAGCCUGUGACCAUCAGCAGCGUCGACACUGAAUACAGACAAACUACAACAAAUGGACAAUCCUCAUCUGUCGUCAGCCACACCUCCAGUUCGGUCAAGAGCCCUGAACCUUCCGAGAUCGAUCUGGUGGAGACCUCCAGCCACUACGAGGAGACCGUGGAGUAUGAUGGGAAGAGCAGCGUGAACACUCACAUGACUGAGUUUAUUGAGUCGGAGCCUCUUGCCAAGAUGGACAACCGCUUCUUUGGCGAGCUUCUUGCCGAUGUCUACCGCAAGAACAUUGACAUUCACACUUGCAUCUCAGAGCAUGUGUCCAAGAUCCGGGGAAGGAAACACCUUUUGGACCCCACCAUUGACUACAAGGUGGAGAAAGAAGAAAUAGAGGCUCUUAUUCCCAAAGGAGUGUCCGAACUGACUAAGCAACAGAUCCGCUACCUGCUGCAGACUCGUUUGACGGCUGAUAAGGCCAUGCGUCUGUUGUUGACCACAUUCAGCAGCCUGCGUGAAGAGCUGGUUCAUCUGCAGGACGAUCUGAGGCGGUUGGAGAGCGAGAAGGAGGAACUGGAGAGAGAUCUGAGCUUUAAAGCAGAUCAGGGCAUGCAGUAUGACAAACUCCUGGAGACCGUCCGUGAGCACAACAGACAACUGCAGGCGUCUCUAAAAGAGAGUAACAGUGCUCAACGUUCACUAGAGACUCAGCUGAUCAUGUUCCAGAGCAAAGACCCCAGCAAAGACUUCCAGAUCAAAGAGCUGGAGGGCAGCAGGAUAGCACUUGAGCAUGAGAAUGAGCUCCUGAGGAAGAAGCUGGCAGGACAGUGCAGCAGUUCCACUGUUCAGAUCAAAACACAGGAGAUGACCAAACACUACGAACAGAUGCUGAAUGAUCUCCGGGAGGAGAAGGAAAGAGAGCUCAAGAGCCUGCGGUCUCAGAUUAUUAAGAUCCAGUCUGAGCGGACCAUAACACACACUACUGACACCAGCGGCUUGGAGAUGCACAUCAAAGAGCUUCUUGCCAGCAUGGAGAAGCAUGAGACCACGAUCAGACACCAGGAGGAGGAGAUCAGACGACUCAAACAGCAGAAGAGUGACAGCUCCAGCAGCACUAGCAAAACUAUUGUUACCAAAAGAUACGACACCCAGUACCCUCUUCUGGGUCUGUUGAGUGAUGAUUACAAGUACACCCCACCCAUUAAAGAGGGCAGGACUGUUGUCAUCGAGACGACGGGACAUUCAACCAAACGGUACUGAAUAGAAGGGAGACCUGCGAGUCCUCGUUCUCGCUCAUUCCUUUUUUCUCGCCUUCAAGCCUCCCCAGUCGCUCGCCUCAGUGCCUCCUCCUGCUGAUGACUCUGACAUUUAGACUGUGGAAUUUGCUCAUUCUAUUUCUAUUCACAGCACACUCUUUAAAAGGACCAAAACAACAUUUAAGAAAAUAGACAAAAUCCUUCCAAACAUUUUCUUUUAUCACAAAAUCAAAUGGGUUGAAUUUGAUGCUUCUUUAAACUGCUGCUUACUUUCCUCUUAAGAAAAUACUGUAGCUUCAUUGUUGCUUGUUUGUUGGUUGCAGAGGGUUGUAUUAACACUUAUGCUGCAGCAGCAGAACCCUUAGGCACCUUUAGUCAACACUACUGUAAUUCUGUAUAUAUUUGGAGAGAAACGGUGUGCAUGUCGUAUACCUUUACUGGAAUAAAACUUAGUAUUGGCAGCAGUGUAAAUGGUGGUCUUGUUCGUUUUCUUUUCAUUCAUUUAGUUUUUUCUCUUCUUUUUUUUGGUAAUGUCCGGUAAGGGAUGCACGUAUGUCGAAGUGGUCGAAUGAUAUCGAUUUGUUUCAAUUGCCCGUGCCGAUGUCUGUAUAGCACUUUAGCAUAUUGCUGACAUAGAAAGGAAUGUAGAGGUAAAAUUUCUGUAAGAUGGACAUUUUUUUUCCCCACUCGAAAUUCAGUCAAAAAUCUGCUAAAACAGAACAUGGACAAAUGUGUGUGGGUACGGACACAAGAGGGCGCUAACACUAGUGUAAUUUUGGUCAAGAGGGUACAGUUUUAUUGGCUGAUACAUCUGUAGACCACUAAUAUGUCAUGUAAGCUGGUGAGGGGUUUUACUAGUUUUAAAAGGUUAAAUUGUGAUUGGUGCAGAAAAAUUGAUCUCCAGUGUUUUUCAGCUCUUUCUGUUUAACCAUAACGUGCCUAUGGGAACUCAUGGGUACAUUAUGUUUCUUCAUUACAGUGCAAAUGUCAAAAUUUCAUUUUUGCUUAAGUUAAUGAUGUGCAACCUAAGAGGGAACCACCCUCAGAGACAGAGCUAUUUCUGAUGUCAUCCAGAGGUAGAACGCUUGCAAUAUUGUUAGCUUUAUUGAUACAAACCCUAAUAAUAGAUAGCGAGUAAAUAUUUUUGUAGCAUUUUGCUAGAGACUUUAUUAAAUACCUCAGUGUGACCAUAGAUUUAUUCUCUGUUUUAAAAAGAUGUUUACCAAUUGCAGUUUCUAUUCAGAUAUGUUGGAGUGGCCCUUUAAAUUCAUAAGCAUUUUAGUUUAGUGUGGCAUCUGCAGCAUUAACACUGUUAUAGAUGGAGUUUUACAUUGUAUUACUGUAUGUGCUUGAAAUAAAAAGUGUUUUGACCCUU